AUGGCCUCAUUUGUGGUUGCUAGAAAAAGACAGCUUCAGAACGAAGAAGACUCGCAGAUUACAUUUGAAGUGAUCUCCGAAGCUGGUAAGGCCGAUGAACACAAACGGAGUGAGCUUCAACGUGAGACUAGUGCUGGCAAGAGUAGUCUUAUCAACCUAAUACUUGGCGAAGAGAUUUUACCAAGUGGCACUCUAAGUACAAAAAACUCCGGAUCCAUGGUUGUCAUUCAUUUCAAAGAUUCUCGUGAACCUUUGCAUUACAAUGGAACUUACGGUAGAAAAGACCAAACUCAAGGGAUUUUCAAAGAUUUAGCGAAAGCGUAUUUUUACUCAGUGUUUUACAACGAACAUAGUUUUCUUUAUCAUAAAGAGCGUGUCAUCAUUGUUGAUAGCCCUGGAGUGGGAGAUAGUGAUGCCAUGAAUGAAGCUGUCCUUAAUUACCUUCCAAAUGCCUUCUGCUUUAUUUAUGUCAUCAACAGCAACAAUGCUGGGGGAGUCCAGGAAGACAGACUGGGAAUGUUACUAUCCAGUGCUGCGAGCCUCAAGAGAGAAGCGAAAAUGGAUUUAAAGCUGUUUGUUGGUUUUGCCUUGUUCGUUUGCAACAAAUGGGACGAGACUAAACCCGCUGAAGAAGAGGAGGUAAAAUUGGAACAAAUCAAAAGGCUCACCAAAAAGCUGGGCAGCCUCGACCCGCACUUACAAAUUGUUUACCUGUCGUGCAAAGGUGCUCAAGUGGCACAGGAAUACGGUGUCAUAAGAAGCGACUUCGAUGACCUGAUCAGAGGGAUAAGCAGUCUAUUGGUGUCUUCCAUGCAGAAUAACUUGGACAUCUACACCAGAUGGCUUGAUGAUCUCCUAUCUCGUUUGUCUCGUCAAAUUACGCUAUUAAUCAGAUCAACAACGUUGUCACGGAUGGAAAAAGAUAAGAAAAUGACGGAGAUCAAGAAACGAAUGGAAGAAUUACAAAGAUCGCAAAAUGAAACCAUAGAAGAACUUGCGACGGGCACAUCAACCCGAUUUUGCAAAUGGCCUCCUUCCGAGGUCCCAGUUCCAGAAGCAAUAUGGGAAGCGACUGAAGAUAAAAUCUUAAGAAGCAUCUCAAAACGGAGUCAUCAGUUCGUACAAGAGUGGGAGGAUGACGAGCACGAGUGCGCUAAAGCCCAGGACAAAAUAAUAAAAGAUCUUUGUGAGAAGUAUAGCAUCAUGGAGGGAGAGAUCCGCAAAGUCGAAGGGAGUAUUCAAGGUGCGCGGGACCUAUGCUUUACCAAUGGCGUAGUCUUUGCUGCAGAGAGAGGCUCAUCAGCAAUCCGUUUCACUGAAUUGAAAGGCGAAGUACUUUUCAAACCCGGACGUCUAAAAUCGCGAGCUGAUUUGCUUUCGCAGCUCGGUCGUUUCAGAUUGUCACUUGAGGGUACAGGUCCAGUUCUACAGAAGCGGUUGACGACACAUCUGAGAUCUUUAGCUGCACAAGUCGAGAAUAAACAAAUUGUCCAGAUUAACCCCACCUUUAAGUAA